AUUCAGAGAAGUUCAUACACAGAGCUGGCAGCUGAUGUAAAGGACGAUCAUGUCAGGAAAGACGUGCAGCAGUAACACAACCAGCCAUGUGCAGAGAGUUGUGGAUCAGCUGCGACUGGAGGCUGGAAUGCAGAGGAUCAAGAUCUCCCUCACCGCUGCAGACUUGGUCCAGUAUUGCCAGGAGCACAGACGCAGCGACCCGCUGGUCAGCGGCAUUGCAGCGUCAGCCAACCCUUUCAAAGAGAAGAAGACCUGCGCGCUGCUGUAGACAACUAUGACUGAUGGAAGAGCUCCACUUUUUCUUUCAUCACCAUGUUAAAGAUACGUACCAACAUGUUGGCUUCUUAUUCUAUGAUGUUUGACUUUUAAUUUUCUUGUCAUUGAUCAGAUGUAGAAUUUAAAAAUAAAUAAAUGAAUUAAUAAAUAUUCCCUGCACUGAG